AUGACCCCUAUAGCUAUGAUCCUUCCUUCAUCAGUCUUCCAAUCCCAUGACAAAAGCGCUAGUAUCCUCCUCAGGGGUUCCCCGUGCUAUGGCCACCUUCAUUUCACGCUCAACAAUCAAAGGCUUAUUUCUUUCCUCCUCAUGCCAUCACGUCCACGAGUUUCAGCACCAAGCAGUCGUGUACUCCAAAGUCGAGAUCACCACGCCACCCAAACCCAGUCACACAAGAUUGAUGUGCCAUCUAGUGUAACACCACUCAAACGAGGAAGGGAAUUGGAUCCUGAACCUGCUUCCUUGGAAGAUACAACGGAGGAUGCUGGAGUUUUGGUCCAACACAAGACAAAGCGUGAAAAGCUCCUUGAGCUUCUUGAUAAACGUAUUAAGAAGAAACCCCGACUAACAAGCCAGUUGGCUGCGCAGCAGACGGAAUUCGAAGGCAAUAAAGGUAAACGGAAAUCCCGAGAAACCCGCUCCUCAAAAAGCAAAACUUUACCCGUCCAGUCGUCGGCCACCAAGAUCAAAUCUCCAGCAGAAAUAUCAACUUCAACACAAGUGAUUGCUCCUCUCAGUCCGCCGCAAAAUCUCAACGACGAGGUAGAUUACACCCGGUUUGAUGAUACCCAGCUGAGAAACACCUUAAGAGGAGUUGGGCUGGAUACAAAUCAAAUGAAUAGGGAUGAUCUCGUUUGGAACUGCAAGAUAUACCAAGAUUUGAUUUUCCUGCCUACGGAUUUGCCACCAGCUUUUGGCCAACAACCAAUACACUCCAACAAUCCUUCCUUUUCAUUUACUCCCACCUCAUUUGGUAAAGAGUCAUGUACUACCCAAGAAUUGUUCAAUAUUUCUUCAGAAACAUCUAAAACACAAGUCACGGAAACCCCAUUCGCGCAUCCUGGCGCUACGGCAUCAAACCUACCUAUCUUGGAGCACAGGCGAUUCCUUUAUCCUCGCCCCCAACCUACCUUUAUUUUGGCCCCUUCGCCGACUUCAAAGACAAGCAAAGGGAAAGGAAAGGCUAGAGAAAACUCUGAUAUUGUUUCCGAUCCUGAUUGGAGUCUGGGAGAUGAAAAGAUGGACUACUCUAACAUGACUGACAAGGAACAGGCUGAUUCUGAUGUAGACUCUCUGCUUCGUGAUCAAGGGCAUGGUCAUUCAGAUAUGGAGCAAUCCGAGAAAUAG